AUGGCAGUCAAACAAUGGAAGCAUAGCAAGGAAUUGAUUAAGGACAUUAAAACUAAACAGGAUAGAUACGUCACAAAGUACAAGAAAGAGAUAUGCAAUUCAAAACCUCGUGAUUUAGUUAUGCAAUUAGAAGAGAGUGAUCUUCCAAAAUUAUUCCAACAUGAACAGAACAUCGAUCAUCAAUUUAAAACUAUUAAAUCUUUGAAAGAGUCACUUACAGAAAAGGAUGCAGUAAUUCACAACUAA